GCGAUCGGAAAAGUGGGAAAAAUCUUGGAGCAGCUAAAGAAGGCCUGUGGUCAAGACUGACAAGACUGUCAAGACCCGCUCGAGCUGAACGAACGACCUUCUGAGAUUCUGAGAUUGGCCACUCACUGGUCGGACCAUCGGGCCCAUCCGUGACCAUGGGCGAGAUCUUACUCGAGAGCGAAGGCGGUCCCACGAGCGGCGGCGAUCCGGCCCCGUCGGACGACUGGAAUCUGAGCCUGAAGAUCCUGCCCUUGACGUACGAUUUGCAUCAAAAGCACGGCCUGCGGCACAACGAUUAUCAGCGCUAUCGGGGCUAUUGCGCCCGCCGGAUCGCCCGCGUGCGGCAAGCCGUCAAACUGGUGCAGGGCGAGAAGCGCAAGUACACGGCCAAGCCCGUCACGUUGACCACGGUCCGGGCCUUGGGUGGCGAGCCCAAGACGCUGGAGAUCCCGCUCAUGACCACCGAACGGGCCUGGGCCUACGCCAUGCAGCUCAAGUUUGAGAUGAAUUCGGAGCCGCGCAAGAAGUACCACAUGAUCAGUCGGCUGCGAAAAGCCACCCAAGAAGCGGCCGCCUUGGAGAGCCUCAUUAUGAGUGCGCCCGGGGCCGACGCCCGCACCAAGCUCGAGGCCCAAGCCUAUCACGCCUGGAUCCGGGGCACUUACCUGUUCGAGCGCCAGGACUGGCCGGCCGCCAUGGACGCCCUGACCUUGGCCCGCACCAUCUACGAGAAGCUCAGUCUAGCCUUGAACGAGGAUGAAGCCAGCCUGUAUCAGCAGCGCAUGGCCGAUAUCGUGCCCAGUUUGCGUUUCUGCGCCUACAACUCGGGCGACCAAAUUGCCAAACGCGAUCUGCUCCAGAUGCGUGGCGGUCCCGGAGGCUUAGGCACACACGUGGAGGAGCUCAUCAAUCAGACGCGCGAGGAGCAGGCCGCCACCUUGCAGUCCGUCACUUGGCGCCAACGCCAGAUGGCCGUCAAGCACGAGAAGGUGCGGCUGUUUCUGCUCCGGGAGCAGGAGUUCGCCCAGGAGCUCCAGAAGAAUGCCGACUCGGUCGAUGGGCAAGUCGAGGCCUAUGAGUCCUUGCUCAUGGACUGUAAGGACGCUAUUCAGGUGCUCCGGGACGAAUUGUUGGAGGAUCCCAACUUUCGUCAACGACAGCAAACCCAUGAAGGGCCAGUCUCGGCCAGUCACUUCUUGUACACAUAUCUCUUGUUCAUGAAGUCCACCCGAACGAUUGAGAGAAAUCUGGUGAUGUUGACCCAGAUGCGGGAUGUUUUGGACGGACGCCAGCCCCAGCCUGCCAAGCCCGUCAAACCCCAGGAUUUGAUCCGGCUCUACGAGACCAUCAUUCAACAUCUGACGGAUAUGCCCCUUUUGGCCGGCUUGGAAGAGGACUUGGCUUUCAAGCACGAGAUUGAGGCUCAGGUGGUGUUUUACCAAGCAUGGCGCUGCUUCUUCAUUGCCUUGUCAUUCUUGUCGGCCCAAAAGUGGCCCGAAGCCAUGGCACUCUUCCAACGAGCUACGCACCACGCCCAAAAGGCCCAGGCCAACCAGAAUCUGGAGAGUGCUUUACGCUCAGAAGUGGGCGAGUUGGUGGCUGCCAUUGAAAGUCGCCAGUUCAUGGCUCAUGCCAACUCGAUUCUCGAUUCCGAAGAGGUCGCGCAAGAUGCAUCUCAAGCGGAUUCGGAGAAUUUGACGGCCCUGGUCGAUCGAUUGGAUGCCUACUACGAGGAUCCGCAACUCCUGAAAGGCAAGCCCAAUCUGGUUGACUUUCCGCCCAACUUCGCUCCUAUUCCCUGCAAGCCUUUGUUCUUCGACUUAGCCCGUGAGCGUUUGGAGUUCCCCAACUUGAAUGAUCGUUUGGCCACGCCCUCUGGAGGUCAGCAAGCCGGUGGCGCUUCGGGUGGAUGGUUAGGCGGAUGGUUAGGAUGGGGUGGAAAAAAGUGAACGGUUCCCAUCUUCUGGCUUUCCCAGGAUUGACAAUAUGGAAUGAUGAAAUGAUCAAAACAUAGUGGAUCAAUUUCUAUUAUAUGAAUGCAUUUCACAGUUUCAUAUUAAAAGCAUCAUUGAUAAACUCGUUGAUAA